AUGGUUUCCAAAACCACGCGAGCUGCUACUUCAGCAGCAAGAAGAUCGGCUGCACGCAUGCGUGCGGCCGCGGAAAGUGCCUCUCACGCCUCAGCCGCAGGCGAUUUGUCGCCUGUUGUCGUGAAUCCUCCACGUGGUGAGUCACCACGUGCGACAGGUAUAUCUAUUGCGUCUGCAGCGGAUACCGCGAGUCAUUAUCCGGAUGAGUCUGAGAUAGAGCUCAUCUAUUCUGGCGAGUCGUAUGAUGCAUCCGACUCGAAGGCGACUCCUCAUGCCUCGGGAUCACCCGGGGCGGACGCUGCAAAAGCCAGGCUGACUGGCUUUGGUCAGCGCGGCAGCAUCAUGACCGAGAUCUUCGAAUCGAGUGAUUAUUCCGACGAGACUUCGCCUCACACAAGUUUAUCCAACGAUAGAACGCGUGGAGAUGGUGAUAAUGCAACUAUGCAUCACCACGAGCGAAGCAAUUAA